AUGGAAUCAGUUAAAUGCAUUGAUCCCGACAAGGAGCAUAACUUUGAAGCAAUUCCACUUUCACGUGACACAAUUCAGCGCCGACAGUUUCAUAUUGCCGAGCAUCUUAAUCUAUCACUCCUACAAAAAUUAAAUUCUCAAACUACAUUAUUUUCACUUGCCAUUGAUGAGUCGAAUGAUAUAUGUGAUUCUGCUCAGCUGAUCAUAUUUAUUCGUACUCUAUCCUUCGAUUUUGAAAUACAUGAGAAUUUUCUAUCCAUGAAGUCACUACCUGGAAAUGUGGAAGAUUUAAUAAAAAUGCAGCAUUGUAAUCUUUUGUGCCUCCCCGAGAACUACCAACUUAAAUACUACUCCUACCAUCUUCUUUCAUGGCCACAAAUCUCCUACGUUGCUGAAUCAGGGAAUCAAAUCGUGGGAUAUGUCUUGGCCAAAAUGGAAGAGGAGGCUGUCCAGGCACCCCACGGACAUAUCACCUCCCUGGUAGUGCAUUUAAACAUUCCCGCUGUAAAGCGGACAUACCGAAAGUACGGAAUUGCCAGGAAACUGAUGGAAUUGGCCUGCCAGGCAAUGGACGAGUGUUUUGGAGCAGAGAAGGUGACCUUGCAUGUCCGCAUAUCCAAUCGUCCUGCCUACAAUCUCUAUAACAACAGUCUUGGUUUUAGUGUGACCAAUGUGGAGCCCAAAUACUACGCAGACGGGGAAGAUGCCUAUGCCAUGUCCAGACCUGUUCGGCCUUUCCUUAAUAAUGCUUAA